AUGUCCAAGUCUCGAGUAAAUACUGUCAAGUCUAAUGAUGCAAAUGCUCUGUUUAAAAGCAAAAGUUUGUCUCAGAUUCCAUCAUCUCCAUUAAAGCCUCGAGAGUUAACUCGCAUAAAUCCCUCCAGUCCAGCAACUUCGGUUAUUCCCGCUGGAACCGAAGAUGCUCGGCGUUCAUUUGACGAAUGGAUGAAGAUUGCUGCUGAAAAUAAUAUUAGCACUGCAAACACAUGGAAUUUGGCACUGAUUGAUUACUUUCAUGAUAUGAGUGUUCUUCGUGACGGCAGCUCUAUUAAUUUUCAAAAGGCAUCCUGUACCUUGGAUGGAUGUGUCAAGAUCUACACAUCCCGUAUUGACUCGGUUGAUUCAGAAACAAAACGAUUGCUGGAUAGCCUUGCAGAUAGAGAAAAUCGGCCUGAAAAUGGCGAAACAGCCAUUGUAUCAAGUGUAAAAACAAAGAGUAAAUCAUCCGCAAAAACUUUACAGGAAGAUGUCACCGAGCUGAAUUGGAAACACAUGGAUGCAGAGUUUUCGGUCGAUCCACUUUUCAAGAAAACCGCAGCUGAGUUUGAUGAAGGUGGUGCUCAAGGCUUGUUGCUGAAUCACUUGAUGAUAUCCGCUGAUGGAAAGGUUCUGUUUGAUGCCAGCGAUGUUAUGAUGGAUUCCAGCACUGCUGAUGAUAUGGCACCCUUGAGUUGCGGCUCAGAUAUUUUGUCGGCUCAUUUUGAGCAGUUAUUCGCUAAAAUUAAAGGCAAUCUUUCCAGUCUAGACAACUUCGAUAUAUGUCCUACUUUUUCGUCAUUUCGAUUUGACAAUAGCGAGUUUUAUCCCAAGACUCCAGCCAAGUAUGAUACAAUGAUGCAACAGCAAGACGAUCCUGAUGAUUAUGGCGAUGUUGAUAAUUAUGAUCCCUAUGAUCAAGGUCCAAUGGUUGAGGACGAUGAUGGUUAUGAAAACUACAAUCAAGAUUCAGCUAGUCAAUCUAUUCAUCCACUCAAUCUAGAAGAUAUAAGCAGCAUGUCCAUUGCUGGUGAAACGGAUGAACCGGAAAGUGAUGCUCAAAUGUCGAGCCAGUUGUUUUCGUACUUUGAUGCUAAUGCGGCUCGUAAUUGGGCUGGGCCAGAAUAUUGGCGUUCACGAUCACUUCGGGUUAAUAAGAAAACAGAAGGUUCCGUUGAAUCAACAAAUGCAGCCAAACCAAAGAGAUCUCAGCAAGCUCCCACACUCGACUUUUUAAGCAAUGUGCCAAUUGAUCGUGAGGCUAUAUUUACCCCACCAGCCAAGCCUAGUCUUUUACCCAAAAACUCUACCAAAGAGCUGUCUACACAUCAACUUCCACCUGAUAUGCAUGUAUCGUCUGCCAAUUUUCUCAAAUACUUUCUCAAACCUCAUCUUCAAGUCAGCAUAGAUGCUAGAUCCACAAAUCGAGUUGAACCUAGCAUUGGGCAGAUUUUAGAUGAUGGAAAUGAUGCAGGAAUGCACACUAUCACUGAUGAAAACGAAUACAAUAAUCCUUUGGAAUAUGCUGGCGACGAUGAUGGUGAUGAGUAUUAUGAUUUUGGACAAGGGGGCAAUGACGGUCAUCCAAGCGAUCCCACAAUGUACAAUUCAAAGCAUUCUGUGGAUAACUCCAAUAUAAUCGACCUAUCAUUGGAUCAAGGUGGUGAUUACAAGAGUCAUUUAGGGACUAUGUUAUCUGCAGGAGUUUCAAGGCAAUCUAUAGCGCCUUUGGUUGGACUUGCUCGGUCGGCGAAGCGAGUAGAUGUGAAAAAAUUGAAGGAUAAUAUCUGGAAAACAAUUGAUGUUGAACGUGACGAGUCUAAUUCGUUGCAGAACACUUGUGCUCCUGAUAUUACAAAACAAUCAGAAUAUCACAAGCCAAAAGUGUUUUCAUCUGUGGUCUCGGAGCUUUGUCAUGCGUAUUCGCCGGCUGCAUACAAUGAUAUUUCGGUAGCAUUUUGUUUUAUUUGUGUGUUGCACUUGGCAAACGAAAAGAAUCUGGAAAUUCAUGGAUCAUCAGAACUAGAAGAUUUACAGAUUACAGUUCCCAACGCAUAGACUCCAACUCCGUUUUCACGUUUAAAAACAAAUCUGUUUCAUUUAAAUAAAGCUCGCUAUCUUGAGU